GGGCAACCAUAAAGCCACUGAUAAAGUCAAGCGACCAACAGUUCAAGGAGCCAUAAGGAUAAUGCGUAGCUGGUUUUUAUUUGGAUUAUAUGCGCUGCUAAUCGCCGCAACAGUUGGCCAACCGCUGCAGCAAAAUGAGUCUGGAAACAACGAGGAGUCGGAAAGGGGCGAGCGAGUGAGUCGCCAAAUUCCCUAUCCCUACUUGGGCGGAGCAUACGGAGGAGGACUCUACGGAGGAGGACUCUACGGAGGAGGACUCUACGGAGGAGGACCCUACGGAGGAGGCUAUGGCGGAUAUGGAGGAUAUGGAGGAUACGGGGGCUAUGGAAGCUACGCCGGCAUACGCUCCGGCGGCUUGGGUCUGGCGGGCGGAUAUUACGGUCGUCCUUAUGGUUAUGGCGUUGGCUAUAAUAUUGGAUAUCCGGCCAUUGGCGGCUUCGGUGCCACCGCCGGCGGCAUCUACGGCGCUAGUCCAUUUUCCCCAUUCGCUUAAG